AUGUUGAUCCGUCUGGACACGCCAUUGCCAGAUGUUCCAUUUGUCAGAAAUCUCAGUGCCGAACAGAAGAAACUCAAAGAGAAAGAGAAGGGAUCAUGGACCCAGCUCACCAAGGAGGAGAAACUAGCUUUAUACAGACUCACACAUGAGCUGUCAUAUGCAGAGAUGAGGCAAGGCUCCAAAGAGUGGAUGACUGUCCUCGGAGGCAUCUUCAUCUUCCUUGGCUUCACAGGGCUGCUGGUGUGGUGGCAGCAUGUCUAUGUGUAUGGUGAUGUUCCGCACACUCUGUCUCAAGAGUCGGUUGCUCAGCAGACGCAGAGGAUGAUAGAUAUGAGAGUGAACCCCGUCCAUGGAUUCUCUAAUAAGUGGGACUAUGAAAAGGAACAGUGGAAAUAAAUGCAUUCCGCCUUAAUUAUUAAAAAUGUAUCAGAAUUGCAUUAAUGAGAUGUUCCAAACUCAAUAAUGCUGUGCAACCAACAGCCUUAAAAUAUAUGUGAAUCUAAAUAAAUGCACUGAAUU